CAGGCGGAUCACCUUAGCAACAUAAACAAAUAGCCGAACAGCCACCUAAAUAAGAAUAUAAUAUGGAAAGCAAGGACAAUCGAUCGAAAGACAAACGCGGCAACAUGAAAAAAUAUCGCAAGAAACCGCCAACACAACAGAAUAAUAACACCUCGUCUAGCUCACAGGUGGAGAUAGUGCGUGGUGUAGUCGAUGUGGCGGACUCCAGUGAUGAACGUUUUGUUUCAAGACGUGGUUGGGCUACUUCACGUCCACCGCCACAAACUCGUCGAUAUUCGCUGGAUGACGAAGAUAAUGAUAUGAAUGAGGCAGAGUCGGCACAAAUGCAUGCCGGUGAUUUUGGUUUAAUGUCACAAUUACCCACAUCUGUGGGUGGACACUUCCAGUUCUCAUCUGAAAAAAAUUGGGACACAGUGGAGGGCGAACAAUUGUUGGACAGCACUGAGGCUAGUCAGUAUUUCACGCUAAAUUUGAAAUUAUUAAAUGUUGGUUUGCAAACGAUACCAUUUUAUAAGCGCAUGGAUUAUGCAGCAUCUAUGUUUACACGCGAACAACUGCAAACGAUGGAGAAAGCUGCAGAAGUGGCAGAGAAAAAUUAUCAAAAUGUACUGCAUGAACACAAGACGAAUCCACGCAUAAAAAUUAAUAGCGGUAGCCGAAAAAGUGGCUCCGGACGGUCACAGAGUAGUGGUAAACAAGUUAAUGCGGCCCCAGGUGAAACUAAUGUUCCAGAUGAAUUGGAUGAGUUGUUGAAUUUAGCGACAGCUGCUGUUACAAAAGUAGACAUAAAUAGCGGCAGUGGGGCUGGCGCGGAGAAUGAUGCGGUUACAAUACUGAAAGGGAAUGAAAAUGUUACGGCAAACAAAGAUGACAUACAGGAAUGGUUAGACAAUGUGUUGGAGGAGUAGUUGAAAAAAUAACUAUAUAUAACUUUUUUUGCAAUAUGAAUAAUAGAAUUCAUUCAAAUACA